UGGAGAGCAGGCUCAGUAGCCAGCCAAGAAAGCCAUAGCCCGGAGCUUCAGAUUAGCCAUGUCCCUCGCGCCUCCUCCGUGCCCGCCUCCUCUGCUCCGCCUCCGCGCGCCCCGCCGCGACGCCGCCCUCUCCGCCGCCGUCCCAUCCCGCUCUCUCUCCGGAUGCCUUGCCAUCGGGCGGGGUCCCGGCUCUGGCCGCGCCUACUGCCUCUUCUCCGGUACCGGCGCCGGCCGCCGGAAGCAGGAUGAAGCUAGGAUAGGGCUGGAGAGUGCAUACGACCAGAAAAAGACGGGGUUCGGGACAUGGGGCGAUACAAGGCGGCAAAGAGACUGGCGUGGUGGUCCUGCUCCUGCUGCCGUUGGCGGUGGUGGUGGCAGGGGAAGGUCUGGAGGAGGAGGAGGAGGUGGUGGUUGGUUCAGGUGGUUUAGCAGCGGAGGCUUCUGGGACGCGGUGAAGCAGACCGUUCUGACGAUCCUCGGCAUUAUCGCGGCGGUCUUCCUCAUCGCGAAUUUCAACGUGCUUCUGGGAGCUGCCGUCUAUCCGUUGCUGGUCGUGCUGCGGCAGAUACGGCGCGCAAUCACCUUUGCGGCUUAUUGUGUUUCUCGGGCCAUGUCGGCGCCCGCUUCCAGGCCGAAACCAACUCCUGUAGACGACGCCGAAGUGGUGGCUGCAGCGCCUGUCAAAGAAAGAGCCAGAAUGUCUGCAGCAGAAAGAGUUGUUGCGAAAUGGCGUUCGGACUGAAUUAGAGGAUAUUUCAAUGCCUUGCGAGUUAUACUGUUUUUCCGCUGGUCAGAUAGUUUUCAUACCAUGACUGUACAAGUUCUAUUUCUUGUUUUCGAGUAAGUGGCAGGAGCGAACUUUAUAUUAGAAGUAGAUGGUGCUACAGUUAUUUACAAGCAGACAUUUGAAUGAGUUAAUUAUAAGCACUAUUUCUGUGCAAGAUACCUCGGAAAGUCCA